AUGGCCCGGGCUCACUGGGGCUGCUGUCCCUGGCUGGUCCUCCUCUGUGCUUGUGCCUGGGGCCACCCAAAGCCAGCAGACCUUGGAGAAGAGGAUGUGAGAAACUGUUCCAUCAGCCCCCCGUACCUUCCAGUCACUGUGGUCAAUACCACAGUGCGGCUCACAGCCCUCCGCCAGCAGUUGCAGACCCAGAAUCUCUCUGCCUACAUCAUCCCAGACACAGAUGCCCACAUGAACGAGUACCUUGGCACACCUGACAAGAGACGUGACUGGAUUACAGGCUUUACUGGGUCUGCAGGAACCGCAGUGGUGACCAUGGGGAAAGCAGCUCUCUGGACCGACAGUCGCUACUGGACUCAGGCUGAGCGGCAGAUGGACUGCAACUGGGAACUCCAUAAGGAAGUUGGCACCAAUCCCAUUGUUAUUUGGCUCCUCACUGAGAUUCCUGCUGGAGGACGUGUGGGCUUUGACCCCUUCCUCUUGUCUAUCGACUCCUGGAAAAGUUAUGACCUGGCCCUCCAAGGCUCUAACAGACAGCUGGUGUCCAUCACGGUCAACCUUGUGGACCUGGUGUGGGGGUCAGAGAGGCCCCUGUUUCCAAGCCAGCCCAUUUAUGCCCUGCAGGAGGCGUUCACAGGGAACACUUGGCAGGAGAAGGUAUCCAACAUCCGAAGCCAGAUGCAGAACCAUCUCAAGGCCCCGACUGCUGUUCUCCUGUCAGCACUUGAUGAGACAGCCUGGCUCUUCAACCUUCGCAGCAAUGACAUCCCCUAUAACCCCUUCUUCUAUUCCUACACACUGCUCACAGACUCCUCCAUCAGGUUAUUUGUAAACAAGAGUCGUUUUAGCUCCGAGACCCUGAGGUACCUGAACUCCAGCUGCACAGGCCCCAUGUGUGUGCAACUUGAGGAUUACAGCCAAGUUCGUGACAGCAUCCAGACCUAUGCCUCAGGAGAUGUGAGGAUCUGGAUCGGGACCAGCUAUACCACAUAUGGGCUCUAUGAAGUGAUACCGAAGGAGAAACUCGUGACAGACACCUACUCUCCAGUGAUGACAACCAAGGCGGUGAAGAACAGCAAGGAGCAGGCCCUCCUCAAGGCCAGCCACGUGCGGGACGCUAUAGCCGUGAUCCGGUACUUGGUCUGGCUAGAGAAGAAUGUGCCCAAAGGCACAGUGAACGAGUUCUCAGGGGCAGAGAUGGUGAACAAGUUCCGAGGAGAAGAAGAGUUCUCCUCUGGACCCAGUUUUGAAACAAUCUCUGCUAGUGGCCUGAACGCUGCCUUAGCCCACUACAGCCCAACCAAGGAGCUGAACCACAAGCUGUCCUCAGAUGAGAUGUACCUGCUGGAUUCUGGGGGUCAAUACUGGGAUGGGACCACAGACAUCACCAGAACAGUCCACUGGGGCACCCCAUCUGCUUUCCAAAAGGAGGCAUAUACCCGCGUGUUGAUAGGAAAUAUCGACCUGUCCAGUCUCAUCUUUCCUGCUGCUACAUCAGGGCGGGUGAUGGAGGCCUUUGCUCGCAGAGCCCUGUGGAAUGUUGGGCUCAAUUAUGGUCAUGGGACAGGCCAUGGCAUUGGCAACUUCCUAUGUGUACAUGAGUGGCCAGUGGGAUUCCAAUCCAGUAACAUUGCUAUGGCCAAGGGCAUGUUUACUUCCAUUGAACCUGGUUACUAUAAGGAUGGAGAAUUUGGGAUCCGUCUUGAAGAUAUAGCACUCGUAGUAGAAGCAAAAACCAAGUACCCAGGGACCUACCUGACCUUUGAAGUGGUGUCCUUGGUGCCCUAUGACCGGAACCUCAUCGAUGUCAGUCUGCUGUCCCCUGAGCAUUUCCAGUACCUGAAUCGCUACUACCAGACCAUCCGUGAGAAGGUGGGCCCGGAGCUGCAGCGGCGCCAGCUGCUGGAGGAGUAUGCAUGGCUACAGCAGCACACAGAGCCCCUGUCUGCCAGGGCCCCGGGCACCACCUCCUUGGCUUCUGUGUUGACUGCCUCUGCUCUUGCUAUCCUCAGCUGGAGCGUCUGAGGCUCCAAACUGUCCCACUGACCCUCCAUUUGAUGUGGGUCCCACCUGCUCAACUCCCUUAACCCUGUACCACACAUGCCCCCAAGAACCCCUGCCUGCACUUCACCUGGAAACCAUUGCUUUCAGCCUCCCUCCCCAGGACCAGGCCUCAAGGACUCAGGGUUUCUUGGCCCCAGGCAGCACCUUGCCCCCACCUCAGGCUAUACCUCACCCUGGCUUCCAACUGCAGCUCCCCAGAUAGGAGAGCUAACUAGUCCCUUCCCUCAAAACAGAAGAUUAAUAGGACAGUGCCCCUAACUCCCAGGGGCUCCUUGGUCCUGGGAGAGCCUGACACUAUCACCACCUGCUGGACAUAGCCAGAGGUGUUCCCACUCACACUCACUCUUGACUUUUUGGUUUUCCCAUGCCCUUGAGACUGACCCGCCUCCAUCAGCUAGCAACACUGUGAUGGGGCUCCCUGCCUGCUGUGCCUGCAGAGGGAACGGAAGGGGGGCUUGCUGAGUCCUCUGCUUGCCGACUGUUGCCCUAAAGUCGACCAGAACAGCACAGUGGCCGCUGAAUGAGCCUGGAGCUGGAGACCAGCCAAGGACACGCACUAGCUCCCCACACACAUGAGCCCAUCUCUCCUAAACCCUGGGUGGGUUCCACGCCAAGUGACAGCAGAGGAGUUAAGCCACGGGAGUCUGCCCAUGGGGAAGGAAGGAAAGUGAAGAGGCAUUCUGGAAUAUGCUGUGGAAUAUGGCCCCACCAGAGGCUGGGCAACAACCUAGGCAGCGGCACUGAGUCACUAUCCUGCUUCCCUGGCAUUCUGGGAGCCCUUUGAACUUUCCAAAGUGCGGCUGACGUGACAGUGCUAUUAAAUCCUCCCACAUCCUUAGAUGGCCCUCAACCUUGUGUGCACAGAUUGCAGUUUCCCCUCUUUACAGACAGAAAAACAGCUCCAGACAGAGAGGGUGGCUCCUGCCCAAGGAGAUGAUGGGGCCAGAUGAGAGGACAGUGCAGUUCUUUUGCCCUUCAGUGCCAUGCAGUCCCUCAGCCUACCUCCCAGCCCCCUCCUCAUUCUCUGAGUCUGCUGUGGUGAGAAGAGUUUGCUCUGGCCAAAUCGGCCGUUAGCCACCUGGGUUCACAUCCUGCUAAGAUGCUUAAAACAGCCUGGCAAAGACGCCUGCUUCUGGGUUUUGCAUUGUGUCUGCUGUGUUGCCAAUGAGCGCUGUUACCUGUGGCUUUUGUGGUGCCAGAGAAAAAAGAGAGGGUGAGGUGGGGGUGGGGAUGUGAGGCUCCCAGAAGCUCGAAGGGGAGGGGGGUGCACAUGGGCUUGAGAAUGUGUGUGUGAGCAUGCGCGCAUGUGCAAGGACGCUCAAGCAUGCCUGCCACGCUCGGCAAGCCACCUGCGGCCUGUUCUAAAGGUGGUGUAACCUUGUGGAGGAAAAGAAGGGAGCCCUGUGCUGGGGAACCGGUCAGUAUGGUCUAGAAAAGCUGGAGCCAGAACCUUUGCCUGGCAUAGCACAGUUGGCUAGAAGGAGAGAACCAAGCGCAGGACGCAGGAUGCUUGGGCAAAGGCCCCAAGUGCCCCUAGUCUGGGACCAGGCCUAAUUGUGACAGUUAACGCUACCAAUGCCUGCAUACAAAGGCCCCAGGCCUGACCCACUUUCACUAGAGAGCCUGUAGCACUCUAGUGGACCUGUUUGCUGAGUUCUUUGCUCUUUCACCUGCUAGCCCCACAAAGCUACUAAUAACAAAAUUAAA